AUGCCGAUUUCUAAGAAGGGUUUUGAUUUCUCUAUGACACUUAGAGAGAGACAAAGUUUCACUCAGAACCGGCGGAAGCAGACACAUCUAACUCGAGGAGCCUUUGCAGUUCCUUUGCUUACCAAGAAGAUUAUCAAGAAGCGGGUCAAGGCUUUCAAGAGGCUACACAGUGACAUAUACCAUCGCGUCGGGGAAAUAUGGAGACGUCCUAAGGGUAUUGAUUCUCGUGUGAGGCGAAAGUUCAAGGGUGUUACUUUGAUGCCCAACAUUGGUUACAGUUCAUACAAGAAGACCCGUCACUUCCUACCCAAUGGUUUCAAGAAAUUUAUUGUGCACAAUGUCAAGGAGCUCGAAUUGUUGAUGAUGCACAACAGGGCUUACUGUGCUGAGAUUGCACACAACAUUUCUACAAGAAAGAGGAAGGAUAUUGUUGAGCGUGCAGCACAGUUAGAUGUCUGUGUUACCAACAAGACAGCUAGGUUACGCAGCCAGGAAGACGAGUAAAUGUGAUCAAAGCUGUUUAAUAGUGACCUUGU